AUGGCUGCACAAAGCUCAACCUCGUCUCGUAGCAGGGCUUCGUCACAUGGUAGGCUGCUACUUUGUUCCCAUGGUGAGAAGCCAGUGUUGCGAAUCUCAGGGAUGAAGGAGAACCCAGGUCGCAGAUUUUGGGGUUGUGUCUACUUCGAGGUGCAACAAGGCUGCAAUUUCUUUCGUUGGGCAGAUCCAGAUACAGAGGUGGAACAUGCAGAAGUUGCUAGAAUAAGGAAGAAGCUUUCGAUGAUGAAAUCAAGAACCAAAGCGGCAGAGUGGAAGCUGAAGGUCGUUGCAGUGUUAGGAUUUUUUGGGUGGGUUGGGUUUCUUUGUUUGUUGUUGCAGAGUUGGUCUAACGCAACACAACAAUGUGUAAUUCCAUUGAACCUGAUAUGA